UUAUUAUCUAAGGUUUACAAAAAGAUCAUUUGCAAAUUCCUCGAAUUGAAAUUUUUGAAAUUUUAAAAAACAAGUUAUCUUCAGAUCUAGAUGACCAGCUUGAUAUUUUGCAAUCACAGUUGUGUCUAAGAAGAAAAAUUUGUUUCCAAUUUUCAACAGAUGAUAAAAAGAAACUAAAAAAUGUAUUGACAAAACUAAAAAUAAAAUAGAAAAGUAGUAACCGAACAAAAAAAAUAUUUUUGAAGACACAUGACACUUGGUUAAAAGCCUCAACAAAUAUUUGUAUUGUUCAAGCACGAAACAAAGAGAAAAAAAGCCAUAAUGCAAUGGGCCGACCACCUUUGAAUUUUGAUGAAGCAAGUGAGCGAACGAAACGGCGAAAAACGGAGGAAAUGCGUUCGACAUUUAGUUCAUCCGAGUUAGCAUUUGCUUCUCAGAUGAGUCUUCGGGCUUCAGGAGCAUGCAAUGCCGGAGUUACAGUUAAAGAUUUACCUUCCACCAUUCAACACCGAGUCACAAAUUAUAUAGAUAGCCUUAAAUUGUCCAAAAUUUCACAAACAUCUGAACUAUGUGCUGAAACAGCUCUUUCCAUACUAAUGGAAGCAAAGCUUUCUAAACACCAAUAUUGCAUUAUAAGAAGUGCUGCAAUUGCGAAUAGCUCUUCUUUUUUACCAUCUUACGAAAAACUUAAAGAAGCCAAGAAAAUGUGUUACCCUGAAGAUAUAACGGUAACUGAAAUAAGCGCCGAAGUAAAACUGCAAUCUUUAUUAAAUCACACUUGUUUACGAAUUAUAAAAACUCAACAAGAUGUAAUUGACUCCUUGAAUGUAAAUAUUUUAUCAAAUUUUAUUUUAAUUCUUAAGUGGGGCUUUGAUGGCAGUUCCGGUCAUAGCGAAUAUAAACAGAGAUUUGCCGAUGGAAAAAACUCAGAUGCAAAUGUUUUUCUGACUUCACUUGUACCAUUAGAACUUUUGUGUACAAAUUCAGUUUUAGGUCAAGAUGUUAUUCUAUGGAAAAAUAGGACACCCUCAUCUACUCGAUUUUGCCGACCUAUCAGACUGCAAUUUCUUCACGAAAAUGUCCAUACAAGCAUUAAUGAAAAAGACUAUAUUGAAGAUAAAAUUAAAUCACUGGUUCCUCUCAUCAUUGUUCAACAUAAAAUAGAAAUUAAAAUACAUUCUAAAUUGGUUAUGACAAUGAUUGACGGAAAAGUUUGCAAUGCAAUAACAUUGCCGAAAUCAACAAUGCGGUGUUAUUUGUGUUCUGCUACUUCGAGUCAAUUCAGUAAUAUCAAUCUCGUUAAAGAAAUAAAAGUUGACGAAUCAAAAUUGGAAUACGGUUUAUCAACGUUGCACGCAUGGAUUCGCUUUUUUGAAUGUUUUUUGCAUCUUGGGUAUAAACUUGGAAUAAAAAAAUGGCAAGCACGUUCUGACAUGGAAAAAAGUAUAAUAUUACAACACAAGUUGUUAAUCCAGAAUGCUUUUAAGCUGCAGCUAGGGUUAAUAGUUGAUCGACCGAAACCAGGAUGCGGUAAUACAAAUGACGGAAAUACAGCUCGAAGAUUUUUUAAAAACUCACAAGUGUCUGCUGAUAUUCUAGGAGUGGAUUUAGAACUAAUAAAUCGGUUUCAUGUAAUUUUACAGGUAUUAUCUAGUGGCUUUUCUAUAGACGCAGACAAACUUGAUAACUAUUCUACCAAAACUGCACUACUUUUUGUUGAAAAGUAUCCUUGGUACAAAAUGCCUACAACAGUACACAAAGUACUUAUUCAUGGAGCCUUAAUAACAAAAACAGCAAUACUACCCAUAGGACAACUAUCUGAGGAUGCUCAAGGAAUCGAGAAACAAAGACUUGAAAAAAUAUCGCGAAGAUUUCUCUAGGAAAAAUUCCAGAAAAAAUACAAUGCAUGACGUUUUUUGCAGACUUCUGGUUUCGUCAGAUCCUGCAAUAUCUUCACUUUUAAAAUCUCAUGCAAAAGUUAGCAGAUCUUUGUCUUCUCAAGCUUUACAAAUGUUAUUACCUCCGGAGAUUAACAAAAACUCUGAAACUCAUUCGUCUGUGAUUGAGUUUUUCAACAAUAUUUCAAUAAUAAAUGAUUCAGAUGACAGUGGUGAUUUAUUUUAAAGUAAUAUAAAUGAGACAAUUAUGAUAAAUGAUGCAAAUAAAAGUUUUCCUUGUUUUCC